AUGGUGCUUCUCAGUCCCUCAAUAGGUGGCCUGCGUAAACUUCUUGCCGUCUGUGAAAGGUUCGCCUCCACACACGGCAUGAAAUACAAUGUGAAAAAAUCAGAAUUAAUGAUUUUUCGCGCUGGCAAGGGUCCGGAGAGGGUUCCGCCGGUGUAUUUGAAUGGCUCGCCGGUUCAGGUUGUGAAGCAGUUUCGCUAUCUGGGUCACGUCCUCACCGAGCACCUGGACGACGACGCCGACAUGGAGCGGGAGCGCCGGGCGCUGGCCGUGCGCUGCAACAUGUUGGCGCGCAGGUUCGCGAAGUGCUCGAGGGAUGUCAAGGUGACUCUCUUUAAAGCAUUUUGUACAUGUUUUUACACCUGUCAGCUGUGGCGCAAGUACAAGAGAAAGUCCUACGGCACCCUUCGGGUACAGUACAAUAAUGCUUUUCGUAUUAUGAUGCGAUUGCCGAGAUGUUGCAGUGCUUCUGCUAUGUUCGCGGAGGCCGGCGUUCCGGAUUUCUUUGCCCUGUUGAGAGAACGCAUAGCUUCUUUCUGGCAGAGGAUUCGUGACUCACCUAACGAGCUGCUAACUGUGGUCAGCAAUGACCUGUAUAAAAGUCCAUUCCUCUCACAUUGGUUGGAUGUUCACCGGAGCGCAAAUAGGAAAUAA